AGCAGGUCGUGUCACUGCAUGUGUGUUAGACAAGCCGGUGCCUGCUUACAAUUAGUGCCAUAUCUGCUUCAAGGCCAAUCCAAAGUGAAGGUUAUCUGCAGGCAGAGAGAAACGAUGGUUAGAGGGAAGGUGCAAAUGCGACGAACUGAGAACCCUGUCCAUAGAAGGGUAACCUUCUCCAAGCGCCGGGAAGGACUACUAAAGAAGGCAAGAGAACUCUCAGUGCUUUGUGGUGCUGAUGUAGGUGUCAUCAUAUUUUCCUCUACUGGGAAAGUCCAUGAUCUGGCAACUAAUGGGUGCGUUCUCAAAAAUUCAUGUUGUUAUAUAGUUAAUCUUAAGUGUGACAGCACUUCUGAGAUGUUAUCCAUUUAUGGUCGAAAUGCAAGAAAUAUGCAAAGCUUGGUAGAGAGGUACCAGAGCAUCGCAGCAAGAGGUAAAAUGGAAAGCAAGAAUCUACGAAGCCAGGUAACAGAGCAAUGGAUUUCCUUGUUAAGGCAUGAGAUAGGUCUACUACAGCAUGGUUUAAGGUCCACUGGAGGGGGUGAAGAGAACAUGAGACUGGACAGACUGCAUGUGCUGGAGAAAGGUCUUGAACUAUGGUAUUGCCAAACACGCUCCGCAAAGGCAAGACUCUCCUUCUAUUUUCAAACUUAUUCACAUUAGGCACAAAACCAAUUUGAAACUCUUUUAACAGAUGCAGA